AUGACACGUGCAACACGUAACCAAGCAAUGGAGGAGGAACAGGCCGGCCGCCGCGCGACAAGGGGGACGUCUAAACAAAUCGAUAGGGAGAGUGGUGGCGGCGCUAAAAAAAACAAUGCGUCCGUCGCUCGUGGCAUUGGGCCGGAAAAAGCAGUGGCAAAAAAGGUCGCGCGCGGUCAACAGGAGGCCGGCAAGAAAGCGGCAGACAAGGGGCCUAAACCAACGCCACGCAAGCGUGUUUCUACAGUGAACAAAGCUGCGGAUGGUGCCUCUGCUGGAACCGAGCCCGGUCCGAGUAAAGACGGCACCACUGGCGGCAACGAAGAUCCGGGGCGAGGGAGCGCGAGUCUUGCACUCCCGUCGGCGGAGAUGGAGGGUUCGGCGACAGGGGGAAAUCACGGAGGCGAUCCUCGCGCCGAGCAUGCCGCAACCAAGGAGUCCGAGGAGGCGGCAACGCAACACCAUCUGACGCUGCUCCAGCCGAGCGUGGUCGAAGUUUCUGCAGCCGUGCUGGAUAAGGACAAGGUGGCACAGCACGAGUCGGUGGGGCUGGUCGGUGGCUCUCCUCCUUCGGGUGGACGAGGAAGGCGUAGGCAAAGGAAGAGCGAUGGGGAGGAGGAUGAUGACACCGCCGUGCCCGGGGACCUCACCACGCGGGCGAAGAGGCGCCAGACAACAGGUAGUGCUGACAACGCCGGAGGCGCGGAAGUUGACACACCGCGAGGCGCCAAGGAAGCUAGUGGCAAGGCGGGCGGUCAAGCAUUGCGCCAGAAGGGCCGCCCCGCAGCAAGAAAAGCAUCUGGCGGAAGGAGAGGCAAGAAAGCAGCGACAGGAACGAGGCCAAAACGGGGCGAUGAAGACCCCGGUGAUACGGAGGAGGAGGAGGAUGAGGAGGAGGAUGCGGAGGGAGAGGAGGAUGAAGAGGAAGCGGAGGAGCAAGACGCGGAUGUUGGGGAGGAUGCUAAAGAUGAGAAUGAUGGCGGGGAGGACGAAGAGGAGGAGGAGGAGGAGGAGGAGGAGGAGGAGGAGGAGGAGGAGGAGGAGGAGGAGGAGGAGGAGGAGGAGGAGGAGGACGAGGAGGAGGAGGGGGAUGAGGAGGAGGAGCAGGGUGACGAGGAGGAGGAGGAGGAGGAGGAGGAGGAGGAGGAGGAGGAGGAGGAGGAGGAGGAGGAGGAGGAGGCAUCAAAGAAGGAGGAGGAGGAGGAGGAGGAGGAGGAGGAGGAGGAGGAGGAGGAGGAGGAGGAGGAGGAGGAGGAGGAUGUGGCGCCAGGGAAGAGACGGGGCGGGCGUGGCGGUCGGGUGAGUGGGACAGGGAAGGAGGGGGGCCGGACUCGCCCUUCCCGAAAACGCGGGGCAGGUGACGCUGCGCGCGGCGAAGCAGCGGGCAAACCGAAGGCGCGUAAGGUGAAGGUCGAAAGUGAAGGGGUUGGUAAAAAGCAAGGGAGCCAGGGUGCAAAAGGGGAUGGAGGAGGAAAGGGUGGCCGCGCCAAAGGGGAUCGAGUGGGUACCGGCAAGAAGGAACCUGCCGGUGAAAGUGAGGAGCACGAGCAGUUUGUUACACGGGAGGAGUUCCAGGCGCUGCGGUCUGAGAUGUACGCCAUGUUUGCACAGCUCGGCCUGCGUCGUGGAGUACCUGCCAGCUAUGCCGGCGGGUCGGAAGCCCUGCCUAUGGCUGGUACCCCGCCGCCGAUGAGCGCCGUGGACAAGGCACGAGUGCUAGUGUUGCAGGAGACAAACCCAUUCCCGGUAUGUGGCGGGCCAAAUGGGGCGGGUUGGGGUUGA